CUGGAUGGUGGAUGUGUUUAUUCCACGGGGUUGUGGCAUCGGGAGGGCUAGGAUAACUUCACAUGGGACAAAAACCCGCCUUCUUUUAAUGUCAUCCAGCGAUCUGUUUCGCCCGGCGUGUUGACGCCAGAGGAGGAGAGAGAAGAGAAGAGAGAAAAAAAAAACGGAGGCUGCCGGAGGAGCGCAGUUGACAGAUAGGCGACAUGAAUAUACACGCGUUUCCGUCCACCAGCUGUACAGGAUAGAUGCGAUCGAAACGGCUCCCUGUUUUUUUUUUUUUUUUUUUUUUUUUUUCUGUCUUGAAACGGGAUUCCGGGAGCUUGUGAUGCAGCAACGUGGCUCGGUAUAAACGGGAGGAUAUAUAUAUAUUUAUAUAUAAAAAAAAGAUGCUCGCUUCAGGUUUGGCACCGUAGGGCAGCGUGUUAUCGUGGAAAUAAUGCAUCGACUCACAACUUUGUUCAAAGGCCUGAUGGAUCUGUUUUAACAAAAAAAAAAGUGAUCCUGUUUAUCCUUGAAAUUUCAGGAGACGCCAGUGCCAUUUAUCUGUCAGCACACCCCUCCGAAAGCCCUGCGCUGCUUUCUGUUUUUAUAUGAUUUACAUUUUUAAAUAUAUUCAAAAUUAAAAUAAAUCCCGCAGUGUGUGGAUGUCAGUGAUUGCAGAUCGGGGAGUUGUGUUGCCAAAUGAUUGGUAAAUUGUAGAUGUAGGCAGGCCCUAACCUUCGCUUAUGCAGAUCCAAUCGAUAGCCAGAUAAAGACAGCUCUGGCAGGCUGUUUGUGCUGCUGCAAGUGUCACGGGGGUGUGUUUGAAGCCCCGCAUAUUUAGUUGUGUAGUUUUUUUUUUCUUCUUUCUGGUUUUACGCAAGCCUCCAGGCAGCAGAGCUCGCUGGCAGGAGAGCAGGCUGUCAGAAACACUGUAAGGCGACGCGUCAAGAAAAAGUUUCAAUGGUUUUCCGAAAGUUGCCCGGUGUGUCGGCAUCGGGCAUGGGUCUGCGCCUGUCCCAGAAAUUCGUCUUUCUGCUCUUCCUCUCGGGUUUGGUAACGCUGUGUUUUGGGGCCCUUUUCUUUCUGCCGGACUCGGUGCGUCUAAAGCGCAUUUUUCUCUCCAAGACGGAGAUCCAGCCGGUCACCGUGGGCUCCGGGUCCGAGAACGAUGUCAGGGAGCACCUCAAGAGACCCAAACAGGAGCAGGAGCAUCCGCGGGGCAUGACCUCGGCCAAAGGAGAGACCGGCACCAAGGCGAAGAGUCUGAGCCGAAAGCCGUCCGUCUCCCAUGAGGCGACCGAGGAGCGGCUCGCCGGCGGCAAAGCGCAGGAGGAUCUGACUCUGGCCAGGUCCAAAAUCGAGUCCUCGUCGGAGAGAGCGACCUCCUCCGACCGCGGUGCCAACACGGAUACUUUCAGUUACCAGAAGUACAGAGGGUGUCUGAUGAAACCCCCGCUGGGGAGAGACAACGGCAAGCCUGGAGACCCCCAAACCAACGAGAGGAGGGAGAAAGUGAAAGAGAUGAUGAAGUUUGCCUGGGACAACUACAAGCGCUACGCCUGGGGCAAGAAUGAGCUGCGGCCUUUGACGAGAAAUGGGCAUAUUGGCAACAUGUUUGGUGGCCUGAGAGGAGCGUCCAUCAUCGACUCACUGGACACGCUGUACAUUAUGGGACUGAUGGAAGAAUACACUGAAGCCAAGGACUGGGUGCAGACCAGCCUGGACCUUAACUCAAACGGCGAGGCAUCACUCUUUGAGGUGAACAUCCGUUACGUCGGCGGGUUGCUGUCGGCUUACUACCUGACAGGAGAGGAGUUGUUCAGGAGUAAAGCGAUGGAGCUGGGAGAGAAGCUACUGCCUGCCUUCAAUACGCCAACAGGAAUCCCCCGAGGAGUCAUCAACCUGGGGAGCAGUGGCACCAGUUGGAGCUGGGGCUGGGCCUCAGCCGGGAGCAGCAUCCUGGCUGAGUUUGGAACCCUUCACCUCGAGUUUGUGCACCUGUCCGAGCUGUCCAACAAUCCCAUCUACACUGAGAAGGUGAUGAACAUCAGGAAACUUCUGAACAAGAUUGAGAAACCCCACGGCCUGUACCCCAACUUCCUCAGUCCAGUCAGCGGCAACUGGGUCCAGCAUCAUGUUUCCAUCGGUGGCCUCGGGGAUAGCUUCUACGAGUAUCUGAUCAAAUCCUAUCUGAUGUCAGACAAGACGGACGACGACGCAAAGAGGAUGUACUAUGGCGCGCUGGAGGCGAUCGAAGCCAACCUGGUGCAGAAGUCCCCUGGUGGCCUCACCUACAUGGCUGAGUGGAGGGGAGGCAUUCUGGACCACAAGAUGGGUCACCUGGCCUGCUUCUCCGGGGGCAUGAUCGGCAUCGGAGCUGAUGACGGCGCACCAGAGAAGAGGCAGCACUACCUGGACCUCGCGGCUGAGAUCACGCACACGUGCCACGAGAGUUACACUCGCUCAGCCACUAAACUGGGACCCGAAGCGUUCAGAUUUGACGGCGGCGCUGAAGCCACAGCAACCCGACUGAGCGACAGAUAUUACAUCCUGCGACCAGAAGUCAUCGAGAGCUACAUGUACAUGUGGAGACUGACCCAUGAUCCCAAGUACAGAGAGUGGGGUUGGGAGGCCGUUGAGGCCCUGGAGCAGCACUGCAGAGUGGAGGCCGGCUUCUCUGGGAUACGAGACGUCUACACCAUGACGGUCAGCCACGAUAACAUGCAGCAGAGCUUCUUCCUCUCAGAGACACUCAAGUAUCUGUACCUGCUGUUUUCCGAUGACGACCUUCUCCCCAUGGAGGACUGGGUCUUUAACACAGAAGCCCACCCGCUGCCCAUCAUCCGCAAGAGCUGCCAGCGGGGUGAAGCAACACAGGAUAAGACAGCCUCCAAAUAAGGCCGAACCACCACCCAUCAACUGAGACAGUGACAUCUGCACACACAGAAUCACAACUAUUGCAAACACCAAUUCAGUGCAGGUUCAGAGUCUUUUCAGGAGCGCGCUAUGGACUCUCGAUUCCUUUCCAGUAAAGGAUGUUGUCGUUUUACGCUGUGAUUGUAUAUCCUUUCGCCGGGUUUACUUCCUGCUGGCACUUCUUUUUUGUGGACAAUCAAGACAAAACAUGACUUUCAUGAAAAGAGCACCUUUUUUUCUUUCCUUCUUUCCUCUGUGAGGAAACCAGUAUAACUUGCAGACCCAAAUGUAUGGGAGGAGGGUUGAACUAUGGGCCAUAUUGUUAGAAAGAGAGAAACGUAUAGAAAACCACUUGAGUUUUGCUCCUUGAUUUUGUCGUUUCGUUAAAUCUUGAGUGAUGAAUGAUUUCCUUAGAUUCUCGUCAUUGCAUUUUUAUCCUUUGUGAGUACACUCUUUGACCAAAGGUUUCUUUGCAUUUCUAUUUCCCUCUUUUCAAAGUGAAGUGUUUUGGUGAGAUUUGAUGGAAGGUAAAAAUUUAUAACAAGGAUUGAAUAUUGAUAAAUGUACAGACAAACAUGAAAUGUGACUCUCAAAUUCACCUCUAAACUAAUGUUGAUGUCAUGUUUCUUACUGAAACAAGUUUGAAUGAAUUUUUUAAAAGUUGGGAGGUGGUCAGGAAAGUGGCUGUGUCUUAUGCAUCCAGGGACCUUUUUUUUUUUUUUUCUUUUUAAAAUGACGUCGGGUUGUGUUUCCACUGUAUGCUUGGUUUAUUUCUUCAACGGGACAGUGCUUUCUCAGUUUUCUCAGCCUUUCUGAUCGAAGUAAGAAACGGAGUACUGUCAGUUCUGUGACUGUAAUACAAGCAUAAAAGUUAAAAAAAAAAAAAAAAACAUUUGCUAGUCGGCUCCAAAUGGGUUUUUCCCGUGUCUGUUGUAGGUUUUUCUGCUUCACCUUGCCUUUACAUGUGAAUCCAUACAGCUGCCAAUACUGAUGUUAAAGGCUGUUAGAUUGCAGAGAUGAGUUUUCAUUUUCAUCACUUUUUUUUGUUCUUUUCCCUCCAUCACUGCUCUUCUGCACAGUUACGGAGCGAAUGUGCUGUACAUACAGACGAAGUGAGUGACCCCCCCUGUAUGAGCUUGUCUUGACUUUGUUUUGUGUCUCUUGUUUUUUUUUGGUUUUUUUUUCUUUUCUAAACUUCAGUGGUUAUUUUUCUGGAUUCUCUUUUUAUUUGCUUCCCUCAGGUGUUUCAGUAAAAAAGAAAAAAAAAGAAAAAAACUAAAAAGUUCUGAUUUUAAGUCUAGUUAUUGCUGAUAUUAAUUAUUGUUAUUACUUAUUCUUACUGUUUGAUUUAACUUUCAUUGUUGAAUAUUUUCAAAUACUGAUAAAAAAAGACCUGUGCAACUUUGUACAUUUAAAACAA